AUGGAACACUUCGGCCGCAUGAAAAUUGUUACGGCAGACCUGAGCCCAGAAACUGCAGCCGAAGUCCUCUUCCCAGAGGAACUCCGAGGAGAGCCGGUCCACAUGGUUGUCGAAGCUGGCAUUUGUCACGUAUUUGACGCCUUGCGCAUGCGCUUCGCCGCCUUCCCGCCGAUGCGAAAACCGCGCCUCGUCAGCAUCGGCUCCCUUUCCGUUGACGAGCAAGUCGAUGAUGCCUCUGACCAGCUCGCAAUGAAAGUUAGACCUCUUUACUUAUGGUUCAUGGGAAUGGUCAGUAAGGAAGUUCUCGACAAUGAAGUCUUUCUCCGGGAGGUGCCUUAUGGCAGUGAAGGCAGCGAUACGAGCAGCUAUUACUCGGACAACGAGCGCCACACAAGCAGCAGCAUAAGUAGUCUUUCGUCUCGAGACUGGGAUCGGCCCAAGGUGAACUUUCCACCGAGAACGCCAUAUGACGACAAGGUGGGAAUGGAGUAUACUAUUAGCGAAGAGUGCAACAAGGAACUCUACAGUUCCAGUCUGAUUGUGAGACCGACCCUCCUCACAUACACAAAGCCAUGCGGAGUCGAGGCAGUACGGGUUGGCCAGGAAGGAAACCCACGGCCUCCAGGCUGGACAAUCAGCAGAUUCGAUGCUGGCCACUGGCUAUACCAGUACGGUAUAUGCGGCAGUAUGGAAGGUAUUUCUACAAUCACCACUUAG